AGAGAGAGAGAGAGAGAGAGAGAGAGAGAGAGAGAGAGCGAGAGCGAGAGCGAGCUCCUAAUGCAAUAGAAAAGCUCUGUGCUAGUGUUAAGCAUCGUGUUAGAAAAUGUGAUUUCAGUUGUUAACGUCAGUAGCGGGCUGUAGUAAAAAGGCAGUUGUCUUUGUACAUUAUAAUAUAAUAAAUAGCCAGUGAGUAGCGCGUACUGGUCCGUCUCUACGCAUCUUUCUGAUGGCGAUUCUGAUGACCCGCUGCAGCUGAGACAUGGCAAAGAAUCGCAGCGGCAAAUCCUAUCAGCUUUCAUCUCAGCAUCUAAAGAGGUAGAGACCAUAGCCACUCUCCGCCAAUGCCGCUUUCCACUGCACGAUGAGCGUAGCUUUGCAAGACCUCAGGAACAAUAUGUCGAACUACAAGCGUGCAACUUUCGAGGACGACGAUGUCCCUGAUAUCCCUGCCGAUGGUGCCGCUUCCCCGGACUGUGUGGAGGUCGGCUUCAGGAAGGGAGGUGUCCACUCUCUGGGUGCCAUGGGCAGGAGGACCCAGCUGGAGGUGAUCCUGACUGGCUUGCUCCUGGUGACGGUCCUGGCCUUGUUCGGGUGUGCUGUAUCCCUGGGGAUCCGCUACAGCACAGACCCGGCCCGCACCCUGUGCCUGACAGAGGCCUGCAUCACGGUGUCCUCUAAGAUCAUCGAGGCCCUGGACCGCAGCGUGGAUCCCUGCGAGGAUUUCUACCAGUACGCUUGUGGGGGCUGGAUGAAGAAGAACCCACUCCCUGACGGGCGCUCUCGCUGGAGUACCUUCAACAGCAUCUGGGACCAGAACCAGGCCAUCCUCAAACACCUGCUGGAGAACACCACGUUUAACUCGAGCAGCGAGGCAGAGAAGAAGACCCAGCACUACUACCUGUCCUGCCUGAACGAACAGAGCAUCGAGGAGCUGGGAGCCCAGCCACUCAUAGACCUCAUCAACAAGAUAGGCGGUUGGAACAUCACCGGCCCCUGGGAUAAAGACAACUUCAUGGAGGUGCUGAAGACCGUCUCGGGACCCUACAGAGCUAUGCCCUUCUUCACCAUCUAUGUGAGCGUUGACCCCAAGAACUCCAACAGCAACGUCAUCCAGCUCGACCAGUCGGGACUGUUCCUUCCCUCUCGGGAUUAUUACCUCAACAAGACGGCCAAUGAAAAGGUGUUGACAGCGUACCUGGAGUACAUGGCUGAGCUGGGCAUGCUCCUGGGCGGGGAUCACAACACCACGCAGGCGCAGAUGCAGCAGAUUCUGGACUUCGAGACCACACUGGCCAACAUCACCGUGCCACAGGACGAGCGGAGAGACGAGGAGAAGAUCUACCACAAGAUGACCGUCGCGGACCUGCAGACUCUGGCUCCGGUGAUUAAUUGGCUGGAUUACCUGUCCUCAGCAUUGUCUCCGCUGGACCUGAAUGACACAGAGCUGGUGGUGGUGUACGCCAGGGAGUACCUGCAGCAGGUAUCGGAGCUCAUCAACAAGACUGACAAGAGCCUGUUGAACAACUACAUGAUCUGGAACCUCGUGCAGAAGACAGCCUCCAGCCUGGACCAGCGCUUCGAGAACGCCCAGGACAAGCUGCUUGAGAGUCUGUACGGCACCAAGAAGUCCUGCACGCCUCGCUGGCAGACGUGCAUCGGAAACACGGACGACACGCUGGGCUUUGCUUUGGGGGCGCUGUUCGUUAAGGCUACAUUCGACAAGCACAGCAAAGAGAUUGCGGAGGGAAUGAUCAAUGAAAUCAGAUCUGCUUUCAAGGAGGGACUAGAUGAGCUCAGCUGGAUGGAUAGCCAGACCCGACAAGCAGCUAAAGAAAAAGCGGAUGCCAUCUACGACAUGAUCGGGUUUCCUGAUUUCAUUCUGGAUAACAAAGAUCUGGACGAUAUUUAUGAUGGAUAUGACGUUUCUGAAGACUCCUUCUUCCAGAACAUGUUGAACUUCUACAACUUCUCAGCCAAAGUGAUGGCAGACCAGCUCCGGAAAGCACCCAACAAGGACCAGUGGAGUAUGACGCCCCCUACAGUCAAUGCUUAUUACAUGCCGACGAAGAACGGGAUCGUCUUCCCAGCGGGCAUCCUGCAGGCCCCCUUUUAUGCCAGGGACCACCCCAAGGCUCUGAACUUUGGUGGAAUCGGAGUGGUGAUGGGUCACGAGUUAACACACGCCUUCGAUGACCAAGGACGGGAAUAUGAUAAGGACGGGAACCUUCGCCCCUGGUGGCAGAAUUCCUCGCUGGAGGCCUUUAAGAACCGCACAGAGUGCAUGGAGGAGCAGUACACCCAGUACACAAUCAACGCAGAGCACAUCAAUGGCAAGCAAACCCUGGGGGAGAACAUCGCUGACAACGGGGGUCUCAAAGCUGCCUAUCACGCAUACCGGUCGUGGCUCCAGAGGAAUGGUGAGGAGAAGCUGCUCCCGGCCGUGGGGCUCAACAACCACCAGCUCUUCUUCGUGGGAUUUGCACAGGUCUGGUGCUCGGUUCGGACCCCCGAGAGUGCCCACGAGGGGCUGAUGACUGACCCCCACAGCCCCCCCAAGUUCCGGGUCAUCGGCACGCUCUCCAACUCCAAAGACUUUGCGGAACAUUUCAAGUGUCCCACGGGCUCUCCGAUGAACUCGGGCCAGCGCUGCGAGGUGUGGUAGAGAGCACUGGACUUUACUGUGGAAAAGACAAAAUAAUGCUGGAAUUCAAGAGAAAAACCUGAGCGAGAAAGAGAGCUACAAUACAGGCUGUCUUUAUAUUUAUGUCCUUUAUUAUGACAGCGCAUCACCAUUCCCUGAACAUUCUUUGUUCUUGUCUGUUAAAUAUAAGUUGUUCUUGUUUUGAUCAAAUAUUUAUAAUAACAGCUGUGUUCUGCAAAGGAUACAUACUGGUUUGUUGGUAAAGAUAUUAAAGCUGAAAAAAGAAAAAAAAAAGACUGGCAAAGUCUUGACCCCGUCUAGUGAGAGUGGACCAUGCGUUGGUGUGCGACUCUGGAAGGCAUUGUCUGGUGUUUCUGUGUCACUCUGCUUUGUGUCUGUUCAACCAGCACACAGGGAGCACACAGGAAACACACAGAGAACACACAGGGAGCACACAGGGUGCACACAGGGAACACACAGGAAACACACAGAGAACACACAGGGAGCACACAGGGUGCACACAGGGAACACACAGGAAACACACAGAGAACACACAGGGAGCACACAGGGUGCACACAGGGAACACACAGGAAACACACAGAGAACACACAGGGAGCACACAGGAAACACACAGGAAACACAUAGGGAGCACACAGGGAGCACACAGAGAACACACAGGGAGCACACAGGGAGCACACAGGAAACACACAGGAAGCAGACAGGAAGCAGACAGGAAGCACACAGGGAGCACACUGAGACAAUGGCUACAGAAAUAUUCAAAAUGUUUGUCACCCUGCUGAGUAACGAGUAAGAAUGGUCAUUUACACACAGCAUUAAUCCGUUCACUCAAUUUACUGCACAAAGUUAUAGUUCUGUCAAAUAAAAGUUAAACUAUAGGAAGACCAAAAUAGUGCUAGCACCCCAUUGAAACAAAAGAGCUAAUAUUCAGAUUCUUUCAGCCAGGUCGAUCACCAACAAUCAAAUGGCUAAAUUACGACUAAGGGUCCAUUUGAAACGUUCACAUUUCCAGUUGGGAAUGCAUCAGCAUAGUUUAUGAGAACUCUGUGCUCUGGUGAAAACGCCAGCGCGGUCUCAACGCUGAUCCACAACGUUCUGGAAACGGCUAUAAUAACCGUAUUUGUAAAGGAGUUUUCCUUUAAGUGUCGAAUACGUUUUGAUUCGGACCUCAGGAAAGCUGGGUGCCCCUGUUUUACACGAACGUCUCUUUAAAAUGCUGCCAGUGAAAAAAAAAAAAAAUUCCGCUUUAAUUUGACAUGGCACCACAGUGACUCCCACUGGCUAGAACGGGGGGUACACUGGUACAUACUAUAUAAUAACUGCUUACUGCCCAGUCAGCGGUCCCUGGUCUUGUGCAUUUGUAUGACAUUGCUUUCAGAUUAGCCACAUCACUUCUCUCACAGUGUUCCGAUCAUAAACUCCGGCGCUCACCCUUUUAGUUAAAUGUGAUUUGUGGAAGUACACAUUGUGACAUCAUUGAAGUACAGAGUGAACUGAUUGGCCCUUACCCUGCUAGAUUUAUACUUGUACUUAAAUGACGUCACAGUUCUGUUCCGCUACAUUGGAUAGGGAAGACAAGGUCCACUUCAGCACUGCAUUGCGUCUAUGAAGACACACAGCCAGUGUCAACAACUCUCCCACAUGCAGUGAAUAUCUCCAUUUACAUAUCUGAUACAUAAAGGGUGGAUCCAAUGCUAAAUGACACGAUUGUAAACCAGAUCAGUUUGUAAUUCAUUAUGGAUUAAUAACAAGAACUGCAAGAAGCCACAGAGUGCCAUUAUUGUGAAGGAAAGACCAGACGAUGACGAGACUGCGGAUAACAGGAGGGUCUGAGCAGGUCCUGGAGUGUCCAAACCGCUCCAGGUCCUCUGCAGUGUCACACUGUUUCAGGUCCUGGAGUGUCCAAAGCGCUCCAGGUCCUCUGCACUGUCACACUGUUUCAGGUCCUCUGCACUGUCACACUCUUUCUCAAACCGCUACAGGUCCACUGCAGUGUCACUCUUUCUCAAACCGCUCCAGGUCCUCUGCAGUGUCACACUGUUUCUCAAACCCCUCCAGGUCCUCUGCACUGUCAGAAUGUUUCUCAAACCCCUCCAGGUCCUCUGCAGUGUCACACUGUUUCUCAAACCGCUCCAGGUCCUCUGCACUGUCAGAAUGUUUCUCAAACCACUCCAGGUCCUCUGCACUGUCACAAUGUUUCUCAAACCACUCCAGGUCCUCUGCAGUGUCACACUGUUUCUCAAACCUCUGCCCAGCUGACUGCUUGUAUGUUGUUAUCUUGUUAUUCUUAAGCCUUGUUUAAUGUAAUGAAAUUGUUAUGAUUGUAUGUGAAUUUGUUUUUGAUUGCUGGCUUUUUUUGUUCAUUUGUUUUUUUGAUUGUUGGAGAAACACACUGUAUUUGACCUGAGGGUUGAUUAAAUCCCUUUGCAUUCAGCUGUUGUACGAGGUUAUUGAAAAACCAAAAAAAUAAAAAUAUACAAUGCAA